CUGUCAAACUAAGUAUAGAGAAGAAAUUAUCAGCAAUAUCCUUUGAUUUCAUAAACAAGAUGAAGGUAGCAACAGCUGAAGUGAGUGUUGGGUUAUGGGUGAUAAUGUUGGCAAACUGGGCAGUUCUAUGUCGGGGCGCAUUGCGCGUCGGAUUCUACGGGGGAAAAUGUGGGAUUGCCGAUGUUGAGGCCACAGUAGCCGGAGUUGUCACUGGGCAAUUCGUCAGAGAUCCAACCAUUGUCGCCUCUCUCUUGCGCUUACAGUUCCAUGACUGCAUUGUUGGUGGUUGUGAUGCAUCGUUACUGUUAGACGGCAUGAAAAGCGAGAAAAGAGCAACUCCAAAUCUGAGAUUGAGAGGAUACAAUAUCAUAGAUGAAGCAAAGGCUGCUGUGGAAAAACUGUGCCCUGGUGUCGUCUCUUGCGCUGACCUCAUCGCCAUUGCAACCAGAGAUGCUGUUUUCUUGGGUGGUGGGGGCAGAUAUGACGUGCGGACUGGAAGAAGAGAUAGCUUAGCAUCUGCAGCUCACAAUUUGAACAGUAGUCUCCCAUCGCCUUCAAUAUCUGUGUCCGAGUCUAUCAAGCUUUUUGCAGAUAAAGGGCUUACUCCUACAGACAUGGUUCUUCUUUUAGGUGCUCACAGUGUUGGAGUUGUACAUUGUUCCAACAUCAAAGAUGGGCUAUACAACAUGAAAAACACAGGGAGAUUUGAGCCAAGCAUGGACCAUUUGCUAGUCAAUGAGCUAAAAUCAAGGUGUCCUGAAAAUGCAACCACAGACAACACAGUAAACCUGGAUCAGAGCAGUCCAGUUGGGCCAUUCACAAUUGACUCAGCCUACUACAAGCAGUUAAUGUCUAACAGAGGAGUUCUCAAGUUUGACCAGAAGCUAACAUUACACCCUGUGACAAGACCUCUGGUGGCCAAUCUAGCCAAUUCUCUUGAUUUCCCCACUAGGUUUGGUGCUGCCGUGGUUAAACUGGGAGCUGUUGGAGUGCUCACCGGCACCUCUGGGGAGAUCAGGAGAUCAUGUAGAGUCCCUAACGGACCUCACCUUCCUUAACUUGGAUAUACAUAUAUAUGUAGGUGUGUCAUUUUUGUUGGAGUGUAUAUGAUUAAUUCGUGUUGUUGAAUAAUCAGUCAG